GGGAACGCAACAUUAGCAAGCAAGAUGGCGCUCUCGCUGUCAGCACACCGACAUCUCCCGCUCUGUGCUCGCGCUAUUAGUGCAACAGCUAUGAGAAGCUGGUAUUACUUAAAGGCGAAUGCGUGAUUGAUUCAUAGUUGAGACAUUGUUGUUGAUAUCAUCAUCAAAGGACAUCGCAUUCGGACGAGUUAAUCUAUAAAUGGGAUGAUACACUGGACCUGUUCGUGGUUUGCUGCAGCAGCAGAGACCACAGGGAAUAGCAUCAAUUUAAAUACUGUGCGGUAUAUGGUAACCGCACUCACUGUGGCGGUGGCACUUUGCAGCGACAAUCUCUGCACAUUUUCCACAAUUGGACGGCAAUAGGAAAACGAAGCUACCUGCAAUAGUGUCUCUGCAACACCAGUAACUCCCCCAUGGCGAGGAAGAUGUUGGCGAUUCUGCUGAUGGUCAUCAUGUCUUCAUCAUUCUUCGUCCCCGGGUUUGCCCUCAGUUCCCAUUUCAAUUUAGAUGGUGCUCCUCUGAGUGGGCUGUCGUGGCCGUCGUCUCUGGCUGUGGUGGCUGUUUCCUUGUCUGGUCUCUUCACCUUUGUCUUCCUCAUGCUGGCCUGCCUCUGCUGCAAGAAGGGACACAUCGGCUUUAAGGAGUUUGAGAAUGCCGAGGGGGAGGAGUACCAGGCGGACCUGUCCACCCUGGCAUCCCCUGCAUCCCAGAGCGGACCUGAUGUUUACAUCCUGCCCCUGACUGAGGUGUCACUCCCCAUGGCCAAACAACCAGGACGAUCAGUCCAACUCCUGAAGUCCACAGAACUCGGUCGCCACAGUCUUCUCUACUUGAAGGAGAUCGGCGAUGGCUGGUUCGGAAAGGUUCUCCUGGGGGAGGUGAAUGCGGGUCUCAGCACCACCCAGGUGGUGGUUAAGGAGCUGAAGGCCAGUGCCAGUGUUCAGGACCAGAUGCACUUCCUGGAAGAGGCCCAGCCAUACCGUGCCCUCCAGCACCCAGCCCUCCUGCAGUGCCUGGCGCAGUGCACUGAGGUCACCCCUUACCUGCUGGUCAUGGAGUUCUGCCCUUUGGGUGAUGUGAAAGGGUACAUGCGGAGCUGUCGGACUGCAGACACAAUGACCCCUGAACCCCUGAUACUGCAGAGGAUGGCCUGUGAGAUUGCCUCAGGACUCCUGCACCUACACAAACACAACUUCGUACACAGUGACUUGGCCCUGAGAAACUGCCUUUUGACCGCUGACGUCACAGUAAAGAUUGGAGACUACGGCCUGUCACACAAUAAGUACAAAGAUGACUACUUUGUGACGUCAGACCAGAUGUACGUGCCACUGCGUUGGAUCGCUCCAGAACUCAUAGAUGAAGUCCAUGGCAACCUACUGGUAGUAGGCCAGAGCAAACAGAGCAACGUCUGGUCUCUGGGCGUGACUAUCUGGGAGUUGUUUGAGUUGGGCAACCAGCCGUACAGACACUAUUCUGACAGACAGGUCCUGACGUACGCCGUGAGGGAACAGCAGCUCCGACUGCCCAAGCCCCUGCUCAAUAUACCCCUGGCAGAGCGCUGGUAUGAGGUGAUGCAGUUCUGCUGGCUCCAACCAGACCAGAGGCCCAAUGCAGAGGAGGUCCACCUGUUACUCAGCUACCUGUGUGCCAAGGGGGCCAACGAGGCCGAGGAGGACUUUGAGAGGCGCUGGAACUCCCUGCGUCCCAACCCCAACGCUGGUCCCAACAACAGCCUCCACCAUGGGGCAGGAGCCCUGGCCAUUGACCUUCCCUCCUCCUCCUUCCCCCUGCUGGAGCAGUUCUCUGGAUGCGACGGCUACCACAGUGAGUCAGGAGAUGAUAUACUGACCGUGACCGAGACCAGCCACGGCCUGAACUUCGAGUACAAGUGGGAGAAGGCUCGGGCGGGGGCGGAGCAGCCUUACCACCGUGCUGCCUUGUCCUCCAGCGGUACCCUGGGGGCCGUCAACUACCACCGCCAGGACCUGUACUACCCCCCUGGGCCAGGGGGCAUGGUGGGGGGCUGUGGUGGGGUGGCCUACUACGAGCCCAAGAUGCUGCAUGGUUCUGGGGUCGGGGUGGUGCCGGUGCUUAGCGCCUGUAGUCCUUCAGUGAGCGCUGAGUACUACGUCCGCAUGGAUGAGCCUGGUGUGGACUGUCACAUCAACAUGGACCUGGACUACACCAUGUGCUCCUACAGCCCAGACUACCAGGGCAGCAACGGGAGCUUCCUGACAGGCAGUGGCAGUGCAGACUCAGGGGAGUGUAUUAUGGGGAUGGGUGCAUGUCCCUCCCAGACCCACUCCAAGCCUGUGGAGUCGUACUGGUCGGCAGACAUUCGUAAAGCUGGGGGUGGUGGAGCGUAUGACUCGGACCCAGAUGGAAGCCCGGCCAUCUCCCUGACCAUGGAACCCCUGCUGGGGCAAGUCUCUGACUCCAGCCCCCUGAGACCCUGGGAGGCUGGUCAUUACGUCUCCUACAAGGACCGGGAUGGGGGGUUCUACUACGAACACUCACCCCCUAUGGGCAUAGGCCACCACAUGGGUCUGGGUCUGGACCAUCACCAGCACUACCUGAUGGGGCGGGAACACUCUCCCCCUGAGCCCCACCAGGAGAGCUGGGGGUCCCGGAGCCUGCGUCAGGCCCUGGGGGAACUGGAAAACCCUCUGGGGAUAUCUCCCUCCAUCAGUACCCCUCCCCAGGGUGGUGGUCCUCCUUUUGGAGUAGGGGACCCCUACCUGGAGACGACCGAGGGACCAGGCUCCAUCAUUGGGGGGAGUAGCGUCACUGGGGGUUACUAUGACAUGAUGGGUUCUCUGAGGAAAACCAUGCCGACCAUGCCAGGCCACACCCACUCAGUCAGCAUCACCAUGGCGUCGGAAGACUCGGACGAGGAAGAGGAUAUAUUCUCAGAGAGACAGAGAAUCAAUAGUAGUAACACCUGGCCCUCUAAUCUCUCUAACCAUUGCACUAACAACAACAGUCUAGGACUGGGCCGUAGUAGACAGGCUGGCUGGAGGCAACAACAGGAUGCCUAUGUAGACUUCCUCUACACUAUGCCCACUACCGACAUAGAGGACUCGUGGCCUGAGGAGCACAACCUGACCUUCCGCUCCUCUGUCUCUGCUGCAGUUAAACCCAUAGACUGCCUGGAGGCUACAGCGGCUUCGGCUAAAGACAGCAGCUGUCUAUCCCUGGGGAAGCAUCAUACCCUGAUACCCUCCGACGACACCUACAACACCUACAUCUAUCUGUGCCAUGAGAAGGAGGGGGAGAGGGAGGUGAAGCCACCACCAAUCGAGUGCUGCCACUCUCAUUUCGUCGACCCCCUUACAGGCCUAGUGGUGCGAAACUACACCUGUGAUGGCUACAGAGAUCAGAUUGUAGAGAUGCUCAACAACGAGGAAGAGAGUGUGAAUCUGUCUCCAGCACCGGGAGGGCCUAGUGUGUCUAAAUCAACCCUGACACACAACACUAACACAACCACAACCGUAACCAACCUUGACCACCCUGAGCAGUAUGUUGACAUCACUAUGGACGAUACCCUUUCCAUAGACCACAAGCAAGAGGUUGUCACAGAAGACAAAGGGGUUCUCACUGAUCCUAAACCAGAGGACAUGACUAUGGCUAUGACUGCCCCACUUCCCGCAGUGAAUAUGCCUGGCCUAGUCUGCUUGGUUGAGCCAGAGUCAGAGCUGAGCCAUACGUUAGACAGCGGCCUGGACAGAGACCACUGCUCCAGCAUCAGUCUAGUGGACAUCUCCGACUGCUAUACCGACGACGAUGAUGAAGAUGAUGACAUUACUGACGUGACCUCAGGGAUCUUUGCUGACGAGGCGUCGGCCGGGGACCUUAACGCCUCCCCCUCCUUGGCCCGUCCCCUCAAGUCCCUGCAGAAGCAGGUGGGAACACCCGAUUCCAUGGAUUCCAUAGACCUGAUGCCUUUAGCGGCCAGCUCCACCACAGAGCCAUUCAGCCCUGCCUCCAGCUCCUCCCACCCAUCUAGUUCCUCCCCCAAGGCAAUGGAUAGCGGGUACGACACAGAAAAUAACGAGAGCCCAGAGUUCGUCCCCAAGGAGCCCCACAUUGAGCCACGGGACCCAAAGACAUUCACCCAGCCACUUGGGGAGUCUGUCCUGGACACCAGCCUGGAUGAAGAGGGGGAGGAGGGGGGAAAGGAGGCUGAGGUGGCCCCACUGGAGGAUGAGGAUGAACCUACCCUGGAUGAAGAUGUGACUCUAGCAGCCUCACAGACCACAGACGAAGAGAAGGAGCUGGCCCCCCUCAGUGAGAAGAACCCUUACAGGGACUCUGCCUACUUCUCUGACUAUGAGAAUGAGCGCCUUUCUAGGGAUGAUGAGGAUGAGAAAGUGGGGGGUGAUGAAAAUGUAGGAGUGGAGGAGGGAGAAAAGGAGGAGAGCCUGACAAGGAAGAGGGAACUCAGCCCUCUUCAUAUAGAGGAAGAGGAGGAGGGGGAGGUGAGCCUGACAGAGAAGAGUAAACUCAGCCCUCUUCAUAUAGAGGAGGAGAGUCUGACAGAGAGGGAGCUCAGCCCUCUUCAUAUAGAGGAAGAGGAGGAGGGAGAGGGGGAGAUGAGCCUCACAGAGAAGAGGGAACUCAGCCCUCUUCAUAUAGAGGAAGAGGAGGAGGGAGAGGGGGAGGUGAGCCUGACAGAGAAGAGGGAACUCAGCCCUCUUCAUAUAGAGGAAGAGGAGGAGGGGGAGGUGAGCCUGACAGAGAAGAGUGAACUCAGCCCUCUUCAUAUAGAGGAGGAGAGUCUGACAGAGAGGGAGCUCAGCCCUCUUCAUAUAGAGGAAGAGGAGGAGGGAGAUGAGACCUCAGCUCUUCUGGAGGAGAGUGAAGACCCAGAGAUGGAGGGUUGCCUGGCAGAAGAGUGCCACCGUGCUGAAGGGCUGGAGCUGGGGCUAGAAUUGGCCUCCAAUAUCUCUGGAGAAGUAGAGGAAGGGUCAGAGGGAUGGCCUGCCCAGGAGGAGCCCUCUUCACUGGGAGACUGGGCAGCAGAGGUGGUGGGGGCUAUGGAAGAAGCCCUGGGGGAACUCCAGAGGAGCAGCAGUACUGAAACCAACUCUGGUACCAAGGAGGAGGAGGAAGAGGAAGGAGAGCGAAGAGACAUGGAGGACUCAUCUGAAGCCUUAGAAUUAGCAGAUGUCCUAGAAGAAGCAUCUUCCGAAAGGUCAGAGAGCAUUGACAAGGACGAUGAUGAUGAAGAGAACGGACCUCCCGCACGACGUCAACGCUUCUCCUCCUCCUCCCCUCCCUCCAUUCCUCCUCCUCCUCUCCCCCCGAUGACUCCCCCUCCGGUCCGGGUGUCGCUCACAGACGGGGGGGAGGCGGAUGAGGAGGACGGAGAUGGUGACUCGGAUGACAGUGAGUCAGAUGAGGAGCUGAGGUGUUACAGUGUUCAAGAGGAGCAGAGUGGAGGGGAGGAGAGCGAGGAGGAGAACCAUGUGGUACCCAUCGUGGUCAGCGACUGUAGCGAUGCUCAUAACCUACGUAGUCUACUGAAGGUGCCUACGACCUCAGAGUCGCUCGCUGAUGACCUGCUGGGACGAAAGAAGAAGGUGGUGUCCUUCUUUGAUGAUGUCACUGUUUACUUGUUUGACCAGCAGAGCCCAACUAAAGAGCUGGCUGAGCAUGGUUUCCCUCCAGAAGCUGAGACCAGCAGACAGGGUUCAGAGAGCAAACAACCAACCUCUGAUGACUCCUCAGACGGAAACAUCUCAGAAGAGAGUGCAGGGUAUGAGUGGGAGGAUGACUUCCCCUUGUUGCCCCUCCUGACUUCCUCAUCCAAGAUGGCUGCCUCCUCCUCAGCCUCAACCCCCUCCACACCCAGCCUGCCCGCCACCUCCAAGGCCCCGGAGCCCAAACCAGCGGUGCAGUACUCCCGCUUCACCGUUUCCCCUAGCCAUGUGUCUCGCUUCUCCAUCACACACGUCUCCGACUCCGACAUAGACUCUGGUCCAGGGAGCAGUGAGGAUGGGGACAGAGAGUAGACAGCCACCCAGGAGCUGCACCACAUAAACUUAUCGUGACUUUUAUGUAGAGCUUUUUGGACAUCAGGUUUCUGAAAAGACAGUGCCUCUUAUUGUUUAUGGUGUGGAAGAAGAGGGGAAAAGAGAAUCAACUCUUAUGAGAAUAUAUAAAAUAAUAUAUGAUAAUACAGUUGAAAUUUGAAGUUUUCAUACACCUCAGCCAAAUACAGCUUUUCACAAUUCCUUACAUUUAAUCCUAGUAAAAAUUCCCUGUCUUAGGUCAGUUAGGAUCACCACUUUAUUUUAAGAAUGUCAAAUGUCAGAUUAAUACUAGAGGGAAUGAUUUAUUUCAGCUUUUAUUUCUUCCAUCACAUUCCCAGUGGGUCAGAAGUUUACAUACACUCAAUUAGUAUUUGGUAGCAUUGCUGUUAAAUUGUUUCACUUGGGUCAAACGUUUUGGGUAGCCUUCCACAAGCUUCCCACAAUGUUGGGUGGAUUUUGGCCCAUUCCUCCUGACAGGGCUGGUGUAACUGUAUCAGGUUUGUAGGCCUCCUUGCUCACACAUGCUUUUUCAGUUCUGCCCACAAAUUUUCUAUAGGAUUGAGGUCAGGGCUUUGUGAUAACCACUCCAAUACCUUGACUUUGUUGUCCUUAAGCCAUUUUGCCAUUACUUUGGAAGUAUGCUUGGGGUCAUUGUCCAUUUGGAAGACCCAUUUGCGACCAAGCUUUAAUUUCCUGACUGGUGUCUUGAGAUGUUGCUUCAAUAUAUCCACAUAAGUUUCCUCCCUGAUGAUGUCAUCUAUUUUGUGAAGUGCACCAGUCCCUCCUGCAGCAAAGUACCCCCUGAACAUGAUGCUGCCACCCCCGUGCUUCACAGUUGGGAUGGUGUUCUUCGGCUUGCAAGGAAGUGGUUCCGUUCAUCACAAAGCCCUGACCUCAAUCCUAUAGAAAAUUUGUGGGCAGAACUGGAAAAGCAUGUGAUCAAGGAGGCCUACAAACCUGACUCUGUUACACCAGCUCUAUCAGGAGGAAUGAGGCAAUAUUCACCCAACUUAUUGUGGGAAGCUUGUGAAAGGCUACCUGAAACGUUUGACCCAGGUUAAACUAUUUAAAGGCAAUGCUACCAAAUACUAAUUGAGUGUAUGUAAACUACUGACACACUGGGAAUGUGAUGAAAGAAAUAAAAGCUGAAAUAAAUAAUUCUCUCUACAUUUUUUCAGAUUUAUUCACAUUCUUAAAAUAAAGUGGUGAUCCUAACUAACCUAAGCUAGGAAUUGUGACAAAAACUUAGUUUAAAUGUAUUUGGCUAAGGUGUAUGUAAACUUCCUACUUCAAUUGUAAAUACACAGAGUAAUAUACAUUACAAAGAACUUAUAUGCAGGUAAAAUACUUUUAUGUUGCGUUCAACAUGUUUUUUGAGCGACAACACAAAUCUAUGGACGAGCUUUGGAACGUUGUUUGCCACCAUAGUCAUCAUUCAUUUACAGUAUGUUAUGGAGAGCAAAAAACAUGGGUAUCUAAACAGAACACACCGUGUACCCCACUCAGAGGAGGAGGGAGUGAAAAAAAUGGAGGAAAGGACAGAAUCCAGGCUUUUCACUGAAGGACCGGUGUUGGAAAGUGACCAACAACAUAUCUUUGAGACAUUGCUUCACCUGUCCUCUUCAAAUAUAAAUGAAAUGGCACAUGUAAUAUAAUAACGUUACAUGUUUCCAAACACUUUUACAUCCAUUGAAGAGAAUAAUGGGACACCUAAGUGUAUGUGAAGGAAUGGAGCUAUUGAACAAGGCAGAAAGUUGUUGCCUUGAAAUGACUAUUAGCAGAGAUGAUCAAUGCUGCAUUUAUUGACUCCAGAGUUUCCUAUAAUGAGUAGGACCACCACUGUAUUGUACUGUAUGUAUCGCCCUUAUGAUUCCCACCAAUCGGAAUUCCAGAGUCACUAUUCUUCUCCCUCUGUCUGUGUGGGUCACUAUUCCCCUCCCUCUGAAUGCCUGGGGUGUAAUCAUUAGUGCACACCGUAGCAAACAGUUGCAAAAUGUUUUGCGCCGGAAAACAAAUUCAGGUAUGUCCUUCCCCUGUUGGUUCCGUUUGCUUCCGUUUUGGUUCGAGUGAAUUCACCUCUGCUUUUACAUACAUCCCUGGACCUAUUGUGAGAAUCCAUCAAGUCAGUUUUGAGGCAAUAUCAUUCAGAUGACUUUUAAUAAAUGCUGUACUUCUUUUUUUAGGAUUUUGGAUCCACGUGCUUUGCAGCAGAUAGUGUGGGUAAAUCACAGCAUAUGUUGGCUUAUGUGUUGAGCUGCACGUCAUCACAUGCUGUGUAAUAGCUCUCCUUGUCUUGAGGUGAAGAUUCUUUGUUAAAUUAUCAAAGAACUUGUACAUUUCCGAUUCUGAAAAUCGUACUGCAGUAUAAGAACAGCAAGCUUAGAAAUACACAGAUAAACUUACAGAUACAGUAGCAUAUCAUUUUUAUAGAACACCUUUGAUGAAAUUAUCACUUUUAAGAAAUAGGAAACCUAAAAAUGAAACUUAAAGAAUGGAAGAACAAACAAAUUAUUUUCAAGUGGCUCAAGUGGCUUCGGUAACAUGUUGAAGAUGAAAUAAUCCGAUUACUAUUGGAAGACCACAGAACUGAGUACUUGUUCAGUGUUAACAUAUUGUUUAUGUUCAGCUGUGUGGUGGUCAAGGGUUUGGUGAUGCUACAUGGGUUUGUCAUUGUGUAAUGUUUCACGGUUGUGUUCAUAAUUUUAACAAUGGAAGGUGCAUUUGGAAUUUAUGGACCUUACAUUGCUAUGUACAGUAUGUGAAAAUGUAUGUGCUAUAGAAAGGAAGACAGGUGGUUGUGGGUGUAACAUAGAAAGCAUUCCGUACAGUCAGGCUGGUAAGAUAAUGCAGUAUUACAUCAGUAUCACUGCAGCAUGGUCGCAGGUAUGUUUGUGCAGUCUUGCCUACCUCAAUCACCAUAGGUUGGCAAGACGGUACAAACAGAUCUGGGACCAGGCUAAUAUCACUGUAGGCUUUAGCUUCAAAGAACCUGGGUGCCAAUUUAUUUCAACACCUAGAUAUAGAAUUACAUACAGUAGGUUCUAUUUCUAUGGUUCUCAGAUCCACUCUAGUCUCCAUGCAGUCAGUGUGUUUUGUUCUGUUUGUUUGCCUUUCUAGAGCUUUAAUAUUGUUCACUAGUAUAGUGUCUAUAGAUCUAUCUAGACCGCCAUCUGUGUAUGUACUAUUUUUAUAUCUCAAAAAAAGAAAGAACAUAUCAAGAAAUGACCUGGAAGUGGGAGAUAAAAGGAGAUGUCUUUGUUUUAUUGUUGCCAAAGAGAUAUAUUUAAUGAAGUCAUGAGGCAAACAGGAACAGGAAUAUAUAUUUGAUCUAUAAUGUUUUAACCCUACAGAUGUAGGAUCUUAAUUUGAGACAAUUUGCUACAGCAGGAAAAUAAUCCUGCAGCAACAGGAAAUGUGAAUUUUGUGGCUUAUAAUUCAUUAACAUUUUUGUAGGGCUUGAUACAAUUUUCAAAGAGGAAAUUACAAACUUCCAAAGGCUUUUUAAACAUCAAAUACUCUACAAUUUUGAAACGCCCUGCAUUGUAGGAAAGUUCUCCUGCAACAGGGUGAUCAUAUUAAGAUCCUACAUCUGUAUAGCGAGACGAUAGCCUGGGUACCAGUCUGUUUGUGUCAUCAUGCCACUGUAAUGAUGACACAAACAGACUGGUACCCAGGCUAGUGAGACAAGGGGGGUAUUGUGAUAAGGAGCAACAUUUGGUAAUGCGCUGGUUGUGAUUUAAACGAGCAGGACUAGUUUAGGCAUGCUGUCAGUAAAUGUGCCCCACCCACACUCACUGAUCACAUGGUUACUUUCUGUACCUUAUUAUGAAAUAUAAAUAAAGUCUGUUUUACACAAGGA